AUGGAGUCGAGAAAUUGCGAGAAAUCGGAGAUCAUAAAUCAUGAACGCCAUAAAGAUGAUGAAGAAGAACGCGAUGAGAUAAUUACUAUAAACGUCGGGGGUAUUAGGUAUGAAGUAACGAAGAAAACUCUUCAGCGGUACCCAGGAACUAAGCUCGCGAAGCUGAACAAUGACGACGCUGCGUACAGAAAAGCUAAGGAUGAAUACUUCUUUGACCGUCACCCAGGCAUAUUCAACACGAUACUUAAUGUCUACAGGACUGGAGAACUUCAUAUGGAGAGUGAUGGUUGUGGCGAAGUCUUGAAGCAUGAACUGAUGUUUUGGAAGGUUGAUAAGAUCGCAUUUGAGAAAUGCUGUGCCGGUAAAUUCUCAGAAAAUGUUGGUAAAAAGAAACAACUACUCCAUUUUGAAUCCAAACUGAAUAUUGUUCCACCGAAUAGCGUCAAACCUUCAACGGAAACUGGGUCUGUUAUAAAAAAGGGCUGCUGGCAAAGGGUACGCCCAAAGGUCUGGCUUUUCUUAGAUGAACCAUUUUCAUCAAUGCCCGCAAAGAUAUUUGGAGUUUGGACGACAAUGGUUGUCCUGUUGUCAAUAGCAACACUCUGCCUAGAGACGGUACCUUCCCUACAGCAAAACAUGACGUCAGCGGAAGUAGCGGAGGUAGUUGGCAUUCCGGAGGACGACCUAAUUGAAAAUUACGAAUUUGAGUUUCAUGAUGAUGAUUACGAAGACAGCCCUUGGGAGAUGACUGAAUACUAUUCUGAGGAAAACACACUUGAUGAAAAAAAUGCAUCAGCUGAUGUCGGGUCUGGAGAGGACGAUGCUAACUACAAUACUACAGAUUACUACACCGAUGAAACCGCUUCCACCCGCGAUGGAAUAACUAAAAAGAAGAUAAAGAUAUUCGGCUCUUUACACGUUAAGAAUCCUGUCCUUGAUCUCAUAGAUAAUGUACUGUACAUUUACUUUGCAGUUGAAUUUGUCGUACGCUUCAUAUUUUCUCCGAACAAACUGAAAUUUCUAAUCAGCGUUCACACAAUUUGUGAUAUUUUUGCUCUCUUGCCUGGUUUGAUUCUGUAUGUAGCAAAUCUCGUCGAUGUCGAGAAUAAGUACAAAAUCUCGAUUCUUGAUUCGACGAGAAUUUUGCUGAUCAUGCGCAUCUUCCGCAUUUUCCGGUUGUUGAAACACUCAGUGGCCUACCAAGUGAUUGUAUACACAUUGAAGGCUAGCGCAAAGGAGGUUAUACUUAUGCUCGGGCUACUCUUACUAGGAAUGCUUGUAUUUGCCUCUUUGAUGUAUUUCGGUGAAAUGAUGAGCGGUCCGGGUAAGUCGGAUAUAAAAAGCAUCCCGAUUGCUUGUUGGUACGCUUUGGUUACCAUGACGACUGUUGGUUACGGGGACAUCUACCCCAAAACGAUUGGUGGAUACAUAGUUGGAAGCCUCUGCGUCAUAUGUGGCGUGCUUGUCAUCGCGUUCACAGUCCCGAUAAUCGUGAACAACUUUAUGAUGUAUUACGCCCACGCACAGUCUCUCAAAGAAAAUGAUGGCACCUGCGAAGAAACAAAACCACAUCCGAAUGAAAAUAAUAACGCUAAAAAUAAAACACAUGUUAAAGGUCGCGGUCAAAUCGAACUGCCGAUGAACUGAUGAUCAACUAUCUUAAACGUGAAUGGUACAGAUAAGGUCGCAAAAAGGUGUAAGUAAUGAUCGCUUACAUUAAAGACUUGGAG